AUGUCCGGCUGGGGAUCCUGGCUCAAGGGCGAGGCCGGCUCUGCGGGCGCCGACGCCACCGCCUCUGCGCCCAACUUCCAGGCCGUCACCGACGCCUUCCAGCAGGACGCCCUCUACGGACCUCUGGAAAAGUCUGACCUCGAGUGGACCUGCGCCGGUGGCUUCACCACCGAGACCCAGACCUGGUACACGGUCCUCGACGAUGGCGCGUUUGCGACCAGCCAGAUCAUCCACUCGGCAGUCGGGCUGUGGUACCCGCAGGUGCAGAUGACCUUCAAGUACUUUAACCCCAAGACGGGUGUGAAGAUCUGGAAGUCCGUCAAUGCGUCCAAGUUUGCCGCCCCGCCCACGGCCAAUGCCGCCGGCCCGAGCGGCGACAAGCGCUCGUCCAAGGCCGAGCAGUUUACCGUGCUGUUCCAGACCGAUGACAAGGGCAACGACGCCUACACCAUCACGGCCAACCUCGACGCCGACCUGCAGCUGUCGUACACCUUUACGCGCCCCUCCGAGACGCUCGGGUGGAAGCUGGGCGCGGGCCCCAAGGGCGGCAUGAGCUUCUUUGGCGCAAACGCCGGCAGCCCCGACGGCUAUGUCGUCCAUCGCUUCUGGCCCAUCGCCAUGAGCCAGGGCCACAUCAUCGCCAAGGGCCAGGCCAUCGACGCCAAGGGCCAGGGCAUGUUUGUCCACGCGAUCCAGGGCAUGCGGCCCAACCUGGUGGCGUCCAAGUGGAACUUUGCCAACUUCCAGGCCGACGACGACAAGCUCGGCAGGGUGGCGGCCAUCAUGAUGGAGUUCACCACCACCUCGGACUACGGCAGCGCCAAGGGGGGCAGCCAGAUCCAGGGCGCGCAGGCGUCGUCGGGCGCACCCGCCGCCUCGGGCCGCGAGACGAUGACGGUCAACAUCGGCUCGAUCGUAGUCGACGGCAAGCUGGUCUCGACGCUCGACCAGGACACGGGCUACCAGGCGCCGCAGUCGAUCCGGUACACGUGGGACGGCCCGCUGCUCGACGCGGCGUCGGGCAAGGGCGACGUGGCGGCCAAGGUGGGCGCCGAGCUCACCGUCGACCUGGGCAAGCCCUACCCGAGCUCCGAGACGCACGGCCUGGUCGACAAGGUCGACGUGCUCGCCGAGAUCCCCUAUGUCGUGCGCAAGGUGGUCAACGUCGUGGCGGGCACCAAGCCCUACAUCUACCAGACGCUCAACCCGACGACGCUCAGCGUGCAGCUGCCGGAGCAGUACGGCGGCCGCGGCAAGGAGGAGCGCACGCACGAGGUCAAGGGAACGCUCUUCGAGGAGCACACGUUCAUCAGCGCCUGA